CACAUUAUCGAAGCUUGACAAAGAUAAAGCCGGUCACGUGAUCAGUACGAAGAAAGUGGGAUCGGAUGACAGGAAUGACAUCACUCUUGAAUAUAAAUUUAAAAACGACUCUCCCGAGGAACGCGCUGCGGUCGAGGAGGCGGUCAACAAGGGCAUCAACCGGGGAUGUACGACGUCGACGGAAUACCUGACGAUGUAACGUUGACAAUCUCAUGCGAGGAUGACCUCUGGAUAGGUCGUCCUUUCAAUGUCAAGAUCGAAACAAAGAACGACAGCGACCAGGCCAAGGAGAUCAAACUCAAGACAGAGAUUAAAAGCUCUGACUACACAGGUAGGACAAAGGCUACGAUCAAGACGGAAGUCAUCGAUAUCGUCCUGCAAGGCAAGGAGAGCGUGACUAACGUCAUCAACGUCGAAUACAACGAUUACGGAGAGAAGCUCGACGAUGAGGGAAUGUUUGCCAUAUCCGUCAUCGGACGUGUUAAGGGGAGCUCAAAGCCAAUCACCCGGGAGGAUAGCAUCCGGUUGAAACAGCCUGACCUAGAGGUCAACUCAGAGGUCAACGGGUCAGAGGUCAAACUGAUAGUCGAGUUCGAGAACCCUCUAGAUCGACCCCUCACCAAUUGUGAAUUCCAUGUCGAAGCGCCCAAGCUUGUGAAACCUUUCACGGUCAAACAAGAAGACAUUCCCGCCAAAGAGAAAAUUCGACGGGAAAUCACGUUCACAUCGCGAUCGUCUGGCCGAAAGACCGUGGUCGUCGAGCUCGAUAGCAAGCUGCUCAAGGACAUCGAUGGCAGGGUCGUGGUAGAAGUCAAGCUUGGUGAAACUGAAGAGGACUAAGACCUGGGGCCCGUUUCGCAAAGCCUUUUUUCAAUGACAAAUGACAAAAAUCAGUGACAAAUCUGCUGAUAGCCAAUCAGAAGCAAGGAUUUC